GUUGGACUGCAGGUGAAGUCUUUGGCCGACUCCAUCGAUGACUCCCUCACCUGCCAGUCUGGUCGCGAAGACUCGCAGGACGCAGGAGGAGACGGAGAAGAAGACGAUGAGGAGGACGAGGAGGAGGUAGACGAAGAAGAGGAGGAGGAAGGGGAGGAGGACGAGGAAGAAGACGAGGACGAAGAUUACAGAGAGUGCGCGUGGCGCAAUACAAACGCAGCUUCCCGACGCGUGGCGGGCCGGCCGGGAGUCGGAGGAGGGAGAGGAGGCGUGAGGGGAGGCGCCGCCAUGCAUGAGGACAGCACCGCCACCUCCUUCAGCGACGUCACGCUCUACAUGGACGACACCUGCCUCCCCUCCUCACCACUCUCCCGCCCGCCGUCCUCGCCACUCUCCCGACCCGCCUCCAGCUCCGACACGGAGUACUGGGGAGCAUUAGGGGCAGGAGGAGGUGUAGGGGGGCGGGAGGACAGCAGGGAGAUGGAGGGAGGCAGCAGCGCCAGCCGGAGGAGCAGCACCCCCUGCACAGAGUGUCGAGGGGAGUACAGAGGGAGGGCAGGAGGAGGAGUAGGAGGAGGAGGAGGAGGAGGAGGAGGAGGACACCUCCCUGUCCUGACUAUCGAACCACCCAGUGACAGCUCAGUGGACAUGAGUGACAGGUCAGAGCGAGGCUCCAUCGGACGCCUGGUGUACGAACAGGAGCCGUCAGGAGCCGAGCGAGGGGGAGGAGAGAGGGAGAGGAGGGGAGGAGGAGGAGGAGAGGAAGGAGAGAGCGAAGAGGAUGAGCAACGAGGAGGAGGAGGAGGAGGAGGAGAAGGAAGCAGCGAAGCCGACUCUCCGCAGGGAACGAUCAAACACAAACCCAACGGUCGCUCUGUGGCCACGGCGCAGGGACAGACCCGCAGCCCGGCCAACGUCCCCUUACCGAUGCCUUCAGCUCGGGCCCUGCCCUCUCACCCGCUGCCUCACCCGCUCCCUCACCCACUCCAACACCCCCACACUCACCCACACCCCCACCCCCACCCGUCGCCCAUCCCCCACCUGCCCACCAUCCUCCACCACCACCCACAGUACAGCCAGCAGCAGGUCAUGCACAUGCACCACGUGCACGGCAGCGGCGGCGGCCCUUACAUGCAGCACGCUCACAACUUUGCCCAGCACCACUACCACCACCUGCACCACCACCACCUCCCCCACGGCUACCCAGAACCCCCUUCUUCCCCGCUGCCCUCCCCGGUGCCGCCUCUCUCCCCUCUCCCGCCACCGCUCACGCCCUCGCCGCUGUCCUCCUCCUCCUCCUCGGCCCUCCAGAGCUUGGAGGCGCAGCAGCUGCAGCAGCAGCAGCAGCACCUCGCCCACCACCCCCACCUCCUCCUCCACCACCACCUGCUCUGUUCGGACGGAGACAACGAGAGCGUCAACUCCACAACCACCAACUCCAACGACGACACGACGGUCAACAACUGCAGCUCCGGCUCCUCGUCGCGCGACAGCCUGCGGGAGCCAAUCGGCGGAGCGGUGCUGGGGAAACAGACCUAUCAGAGGGAGAGCCGCCACAGCUGGGACUCUCCCGCCUUCAACAACGACGUGGUGCAGCGGCGGCAGUACCGCAUCGGACUCAACCUGUUCAACAAGAAACCGGAGAAGGGGAUCCAGUACCUGAUCGAGAGGGGCUUCGCGUCGGACACACCGGUGGGCAUCGCCAGGUUCAUCCUGGAGAGGAAAGGACUGAGCCGGCAGAUGAUCGGAGAGUUCCUGGGCAGCCGGCAGCAGUUCAACAAGGACGUCCUGGACUGUGUUCUGGAUGAGAUGGAUUUCUCGGGGAUGGAUCUAGACGAGGCUCUGAGGAAGUUCCAGGCUCAGAUUAAAGUUCAGGGUGAAGCUCAGCGGGUGGAGCGACUGGUGGAGGCCUUCAGUCAGCGGUACUGUGUUUGUAACCCGGUGCUGAUCCGGCAGUUCCAGAAUCCAGACACCAUCUUCAUCCUGGCCUUCGCCAUCAUCCUCCUCAACACGGACAUGUACAGCCCCAACGUCAAGCCGGAGAGGAAGAUGAAGCUGGAGGACUUUGUCAAGAACCUGCGGGGUGUUGAUAACGGUCAGGACAUCCCCAGGGACCUUCUGGUUGCCAUCUAUGGAAGGAUCCAGAAGUGGGAGCUGAGGACCAACGACGACCACGUGUCUCAGGUGCAGGCGGUGGAGAGGAUGGUGGUCGGCAAGAAGCCGGUGAGAUCUUUCAAACCGACGUCUGAGAGUCUGUGUGAAGUAUUCAGAUACAGUGAUGUCCUCUAGUUACACACGGCUUUAUUACAGGAUAGCAAACCCUGAUAUUUAAAAAACAUUGUUCAACAAAUUCUCUGAGCCUGAACAAAUGACUGCAGAUCUUCUUGUUGCUG